AUGUAUGGAGAGGCAGCUAAUAAACUGGUACAAAAUGCAAAGCGCACCCUCGCACUCCCUCAUCUCCCGCCGUACGCCUCAGAACUCACGCGCUCCAUAGUCCGCGAAGUUCGCGAUCUCGACAAAGACGUUUCAUCCAUCCUCGCUCCCUACAGCGGCUCUUUCAACCCCAGCGCAUCGCCUGAAACAGCCUGCGCUCUUCUUGUAAACCACCUAUGUAUGCGCCGGAACAAGCGAUGUCUACUCGCCUACCACCGCGUACGGAGUGACAAGCUAGAGGAAUACUGCUGGGAGGGUAUCGAUGUGCUCGAACAACAGGGCAGCAAGGACCAUAGUGGAGAAGGAGGAAGGGGAAGCGGUAUGGGUGCCGGCGGUGGAAAAGAGGAGAGUAGCUUGAGUCCAGAAGAGGAGGAGUACGUGAGGCAAUACAGCGACUUGCUUGCUGCGUACAAGGGUCAAUGGACGGAUAUCGAUUUGACGGGGAGUUUGGAGCCGCCUCGCGAUCUGUUCAUCGACGUACGAGUGCUGAAGGAUGCGGGUGAGAUCCAAACGGAGUACGGGUACGUAAUGCACCAGAUCGGCAUGCCGAAGUCUCUGCUUCAGCUGAUCGGAAUACCGAAUGCUGUGCCCCUGCUAACCGACUACUAG